GUACGGAGUGUUUUGUGUAUCGCCAAAACAGGUUUUGUAAGCGCUUCCUCGACAAAAAGCCCAAGUAUUAUCAUAAAAAAGUUCUUCAAAUAUCAAAGACAUCAAGGUAAUAUCUUAUGCAGUGAUCUGUUUCUUGCUUCAGAACUUGGAUCAAUCAUUUAAAUGGCAACUGAUUCAAACUCUUCAAAUUACGCGGAGCCCUCGGCAGAGCGUCUUCAUUCGUUCAAUGCUACGACGAACCGCUUGUACUGGACUAUACGAGUGUUUCUCGCAAUUUUUACGAUUCUCGGAAAUACCCCACUGAUAUUUCUCCUCGUAACAAGGCGGAAGCUGCGACGCAACGUGUCAAACAAGUUUGUCCUGUCCUUGAACCUGGCAGACCUUUGCGUGGGCUUGUUUGUAACCCCACCUGAGUUACUGUGUACGUACUGGACAACUUGCUCCAGGGAGAUCCAAUUGGCGAUGUACGAAUUUUUCGUCUAUACCUCACUGUUGUGCUUAUGUUUGGUGACUUGGGAUCGUUACAAAUCUGUCACUCGGCCUUUAACGUAUCCUGUUGUAAUUGAAAUCAAACAAUACUUGAUCCCUAUCCUGGUAUGUUGGUUGGUUCCUUUUGUCUUGACCCUCCUUCACUUCACCUAUCUGCUGAAGAGUCCUGAGGAUCAGAGGACAGGAAUGACAGCGUUUGCCAUCGUCGAAACACUCCUCUUUGUGGGACUUCCUUGCAUUGUGUUACCGUUGGCCUACUUGCGAAUCGUGUGCAUCAUACAGAGACACAAGCAACAGGAAAAGCGCAUCAAAGAUCAAGUGGACUUUAACUACUCCGUUACUAUGUCUGCAGAAGAUGUUCUGAGAGAAACAGAAUUCAGUACACCGAAUUUGACCGUGGCAAGCACAAGAAGUAGAGCGCAGAGUGAAUUGUCAAGUGUUGGAAUAGAAUCUGAUGUGGAACGCUCCACAGAUGGUAAAACUGCACCUCUCAAGACAAAACCGAGACACCCAAAUCACGAUCGGUCUAUCACAGUGCUUGGCAUCGUGAUCUUGGUGUUUGUCGGGUGCUGGCUCUUUGCAGCCUAUCUUCAUUUUAAACAAUCUUUCAGCAAAACAGAAGCUAUGACUCACUCGGCUCACACCACCAUGAAUUUGUCGUGGCUGUUCUUACUGGUCCACUCUGCCCUGAAUCCCAUUUUUUACGGACUGAUUAAGAGGGAUAUAAAGAAAGAAAUUAAAAAAUGUAUAACGUGCCGUGGAUAGAUGUAGGGCUUAGUGGGAUUCCACAAUGUUUCUACAGUGAUCUUAGCCUUGUUCGAGAUGUAACAGGUUUAUUGUGUACCAGGAGAGUGGGUGACAUAGCUUUGCGUGGCCGUGUGCUCGCAACCACGCCCUUAGACCGUAGCUAACGAGCAAAGUCUCUCCAGUUGUGCAGGCCACAAAAUUCAUUUCUAUACAACGUGGAAAACUAGGAGGUAAGCCAUUGCCAAUGGAAAUAACCUGGAAAUUGAUUGGUAAGAAACGUUAGAUUGACUAGAUUAUCUUUGAGAAGAAAGCAGUAAAAAUCACUCACGAUGAAGUCAAUAAGUCAUUUAGAAGUCUUGAUUAUAUUUGCAGUUAAAUAAAAACACGAGCUACUCGUUCACAACACAGGCCAUCAAUCAGGCCUGUUUUGUUCACGCCUACUUCCUUUUCUAGAACACUGCGUCUGACAUAAUUCGCAAUUCAUAAGUCGCGUGCUUUAUUGUAACAAAUGCAGGGCGGAUAUAUUUAGGAGACGACUUUUAACUCCGUUUUCAACAGUGCCGAAAAUUGAAGACAAACGGGAACGGAAUUUAAAUUUUUUUCCCUCUGGCAGAAAGGACUAAAAGCGUAUCUCUAGCAAAAACCCAUUUUGCUUCUUAAAGCCAAAUCAAAGCACAACCUUUGAACUCACAUCACCAACUUUUAUUAGCCUUUUCCAGUGGUAAACAAGAUACAAAUUUAUUGUACAUUAAAAUAUACUAUAACAACGCG